CUUAGAAAAGCAAGCAACCGGCCGGCCCGGUCCUACCCGAGCCCAACGUCUCGGAAAGCCUUAAACCCACGACCCCGACUCCAUUCCCAUUCCUCCAGCCGUUUCCACCCCAAUUCCAUUCCAUUCGGUUACAUUUCCACCCCGCAUUAUUCGUUCGUUCUCCUCCCCCGAUUCCGAUUUCGGUUCGAUUUCAAACGGGCCACGGAAUGCACGACCGAUCCCAGCCGGCGGAGGCCGGCAACGGCUGCGGGGGCGGGGGCGGGGCGGCCGGCGAGGGCGGCGGCGGCGGGAACGUGGAUCGGGUGCUGUUCAAGAACCUCGUGGAGAUGGUGCCGCUCGUCGAGUCGCUCAUGGACCGGAGGGUAAACCCAUCCUACUCGCGCCGCGCCUCGCUCGUCUACACGCCGGCGCCGGCCAAGAAGGCGAGCGAUUUGAAGAGCGUCAAGUCGCCACAGAGCGUGUCGGCGAAAAAGCGGAGAGACCCGGGUGAUGCAGCCAAAAAGAGCACCCUGGAUUCCAAUGGCGAGAACGGUUCGGUCGCGCCAUUGUCUCUGUCUGGGGCUGAAAAUAAACCCAAGGAUGAGGUUGCUGUGCUGCGUGAGCAGAUCGAUGACCUGCAAAAGAAACUGCUCGAGAAGGAGGAGGCGCUAAGGUGUGCUCAGAGCUCGGUGAAUGAGAUGAAUGCAGCAUAUGCGACUAUUGAUGAGCUGAGGCGCCAGGUGGCUGAGAAAGAAGCUUUGAUCAGAUCUACCAAUUCUCAGUUGCAUGAUGCAAAGAUUAUGCUUGCGGACAAACAAGCUUCUUUAGAGAAAUUGGAAUGGGAGGUACAGAUGUCGAAUAAAAAAGUAGAAGAUCUUCAAGGAGAUAUGUUCAAUAUGGAAUUUGAGAUAAGCUCAUUGAUGGCAUUAUUUGAGAAAAUUUCAGAGAAUGUUUCAGGUGACUGUUAUGAUGGCAGUAUGCCAUCAUCAUAUGAAUUAGAGGCACUUCAAACAACGACUGAAAUUGACAAGAUUGAGGUUGACAAGAUAGAGCAGGAAAGAAUAACAUAUGCUGAAGCUCUCGCGGCUGCGAGAGAGAACCCUAACGAGGAGCGCUUGAAUUUAGCUGCGGAGGCACGGUCAAGGCUGCAGGUCCUUGUACUAUAAUGCCCCCUUCUGAUUGCAAGUGUAUGUAUGAUAAUGCUGAAGUGCUGAUGUAAUUGUAAGUUCUGGCUUGAGUUGAGUUGAGUUGAGGUGCUUGUGGAAUUGCUCUAGUGGUGAUGGAUUAAGCGCUGUAAACUUGCUUUUGUUUCAUUUUGUAAUCAUAUUUAUUCAGUCCUGAGCACUGCAUUGUGUAUCGGGAAAUUUCAGCUAUACUUCAGAUAUACCUGUGAUAGAAUUCGAAGAUGUAUGCC